GUUCUUCAUAAGGCCAAUGAGUUAAAGAUUGAGAUUUGGCCCCUGGAUGACAAGUUGGGACCACAUGAUCUCCAUCUCUGGAAGAAAGGCUUUGCCGGAGAUUUUGUUGUAAAGAAGCCGUUAGUGUUAGGUCACGAACCAUCGGCCGAAGUGAUUGCUGUCGGAACCAAAGUUAGAGAUCUGAAGGCUGGCGACAGAGUAGCCGUCGAACCCAUUAUAUCUUGCGGUCGCUGUGAAUACUGCCGAAUGGGUCGAUACAACUUGUGUCCGAUAUCUUUUGUACAGUCCAGAGGUCUGCCCCCAAUGGAUGGUUGCCUUCAACAAUACUUUACUCAUCCGGAUAAUUGUUUGUUUAAAAUUCCGGAUAACAUGUCGUGGGACGAGGGCUCAAUGGUCGAGCCCUUUGCAGUGGUAGUUCACGCCUGUAGACGAGUCCACCUAGAAGUAGGACAUAGAGUCUUGGUUUGUGGGGCUGGUAUGUAUCCAUUCAAGGUUUGUGAAUGCAUUCAAUUUUGGAUUAUAAUUGCAAACUAUGAUAAUUGUAUAAUCUGUAUAGCUUUUGGUGCUACAAAAGUCUGUAUAACAGAUAUAGAUCAAAGUCGACUGAAUUUAGCCAAGAAAAUGGGCGCAGACCAGACUUUCCUCAUAGACACCAAAACCUUUAAUGACAUUGAAUUCGUGAAAACACUGAAUACACAAUUCGGACGAAUCGAUACAUGCAUUGAAUGCUCGGGCGUUGAGUCCAGUGUCUCGACGGCCAUCCAUGCGACCAGAAUCGGCGGCCGAAUCUGUACGUUAGGGUUGGGUCCCGCAAAAAUCAGGGUACCUAUGAGUGCGGCCACUCUCAGGGAGAUUGAUAUCAUUGGCAGUUGUCGUAUAAAAGACGACUAUCCGUUGGCCAUUGAACUCAUUUCGAGCGGAAAAGUCGAUUUGAAGCCUUUGGUGACCCAUAGGUUG